AUGGGUAACUGCUGCGCCAAGCCGCCCACAGAGGAAGGGGCCCCCAAGAAGGGCAAAAAGGGGAAAAAGGAGAACCCCUUCGCGGUUGAUUACGGCUUUAACAACAGCUCCAGCGCCAACGGCUCCAAGCUCACCGUUUUGAAGUCUCCGACGGGCCGCGAGAUCGAGGCCCGCUACGAACUGGGCCGCGAGCUGGGCCGGGGGGAGUUCGGCGUUACGUAUCUCUGCACGGACAAGGAGACCGGGGAGGAGCUCGCGUGCAAGUCCAUUUCCAAGAAGAAGCUGAGGACCGCCAUCGACAUCGAGGAUGUGAGGAGAGAGGUUGAGAUCAUGCGCCACAUGCCGCAGCAUCCUAAUAUCGUGACCUUAAAGGACACCUAUGAGGACGACAAUGCCGUUCAUCUCGUUAUGGAGCUCUGCGAAGGUGGAGAACUCUUCGAUCGCAUCGUCGCGCGUGGCCACUACACCGAACGCGCUGCCGCUGCUGUUACAAAAACCAUCGUCGAAGUAGUUCAGAUGUGCCACAAACAUGGUGUGAUGCAUCGGGAUCUUAAGCCGGAAAACUUUUUAUUUGCAAAUAAGAAGGAAACCGCAGCACUGAAGGCCAUAGAUUUUGGGUUGUCAGUGUUUUUUAAGCCAGGGGAAAGAUUUAACGAGAUAGUUGGAAGUCCAUAUUACAUGGCUCCUGAGGUAUUGAAGCGGAAUUAUGGGCCCGAAGUGGAUAUCUGGAGUGCUGGAGUAAUUCUAUACAUCUUACUUUGUGGUGUUCCACCAUUUUGGGCAGAAACUGAGCAAGGAGUUGCACAAGCAAUCAUACGAUCUAUUGUUGAUUUCAAAAGGGACCCGUGGCCUAAAGUUUCUGAUAACGCAAAAGACCUUGUGAAGAAGAUGCUAGAUCCUGAUCCAAGACGGCGGCUUACUGCACAGGAAGUGUUAGAUCAUCCGUGGUUACAAAAUGCAAAGAAAGCUCCUAAUGUUUCCUUAGGAGAAACUGUUAGAGCAAGGCUCAAGCAAUUUUCUGUAAUGAACAAGCUUAAGAAAAGAGCAUUAAGGGUGAUCGCAGAGCAUUUGACAGUAGAAGAAGCUGCCGGGUUAAAACAGGGAUUCCAGCUUAUGGAUACAAACAACAGAGGCAAAAUUAACAUUGAUGAACUACGAGUAGGGUUGCUUAAACUAGGCCAUCAAGUUCCCGAAUCAGAUGUCCAAAUUCUUAUGGAAGCUGGUGAUGUAGACAGGGAUGGGCACCUAGAUUAUGGGGAGUUUGUAGCUAUCUCCGUUCAUUUGAGAAAGAUGGGGAAUGAUGAGCAUCUUCGCAAAGCCUUUCAAUUUUUUGAUGAAAACCAAAGCGGGUAUAUUGAGAUUGAGGAACUGCGUAACGCCUUGUGUGACGAGGUUGAAACAAACAGUGAAGAAGUUAUAAAUGCAAUUAUGCAUGACGUGGACACAGACAAGGAUGGAAGGAUAAGUUACGAUGAAUUUGCUACAAUGAUGAAGGCUGGGACAGAUUGGAGAAAAGCAUCAAGGCAGUACUCGCGCGAGAGGUUUGCGAGUCUGAGUCUGACGUUGAUGAGGGACGGGUCAUUGCAUUUAAACAAUGACACAAACGAGGGUAGAUGA